AUGACAUGGCGCAGUGGUCCAGCCAUCACGAAAUCUGAACCUUUGCAGAUGAAGGAUAUUCCCGGAACUGAGGGGAAGGUCUUCAAUUUGCAGAAAAGAUUCUUUCGGCAAUUACCACAAAGAGCAAAAAAUUUUAUCAAUAUGGUUUACAAGUACGCAUUCUUGCAGUUGGAUGGGAAAAUGACGCAGGAACAGUCCGCUCAAGCGGUGCUGAAAAAGUACCGCAGACUCAGUUAUAAAGCUUGUAAAUCACUGGACGAAGCCCUCUUCGAAGACAUCAUAGACAGCCUUGGUAAGUGGAUAGCAGAAUUUGGGGAGACUGUAAACGAGGCUCUUCACCCAUCGAGCAUACCUCUCACAUUUCACAUGGAAUGA